UCUUUAAUACAGAUGAUACACACCUCACAACAUCCUCCACAAGAUGAGCGACUCAAAGAUAUGCGCCGUCAAGUAGAGGAAGUGAAAUCCGUUAUGGCCUCCAACGUUGCUUCCAUAAUGGAACGUGGAGAACGACUAGAUAGUAUCGAAAGACGAACGGAUGAACUACAGGCCUCGUCGGCGACUUUCAAACUCACAGCACAUCGCGUUCAGCGCCAUAUGUGCUUAUUGAGCGCGAAAUGGACUAUCAUUGCCGUAUUGGUUGGAUUAUUCGUGGUGGCGGUCAUCAUCGUACUGAUUCUGAACGCAUGCGGGGUGUUUGACACGAAAUGA